UAAAUAACACGGUUCAUUAUGUUGUCAAUACGCCACUAAGUUCAACAUUUCGCCGCUAUUUAUCUGAUGUCAGUUCGGCUUGCAUAAAACGAAAAACUGAGAUGUAACACACAUAAACACACAAACAUAUAACCUGAGAGUUUGCCGAAUUUGUUUUUAUUUGCGUGUUUGAGUGUAGCAAAUGACCGGCAGGCAGCCAUUGUAUCGUUUUAUCAAACACAUUGUGAACAUUUCGUUGAAUCAAACAAUUUUGAGAUUACGAUCAAAUCGUGUAUAAGCAAGUGAAUUGCAUAUACGAAUUAUUUCGUGUUUUUGCUAUAAAAGUAAAAAUGGCCAGCAAAAAGAGAAAAGACACGCAGUUCCCGGAAUUAGACGAAUUGGAAACGACGUAUGAAAUUACGCAAGGCUCUUCGACAAAGCGGUCCAAAAAUUUUAGUCUUGCUGAAUCUACAGUUUUGAUAAAAAUCUGUGACAAAUUUCACACUGUAAUCACGAAAAACAGCAAUCGCGACAAAGACAAACAAGCAAAGGCGAAAGCAUGGGGUAAAAUCUGUGCAGUGUUUAACAAAUAUUGCAAGGACAACAAGUUGAUUGUUGAAGACAGAACGAUUGAUCAAUUACAAACAAAGUACAAAGCACUGAAAAAGGACGCCCGAAAAGUGGGAGCUAAAGUUAAAAGAGACUUCUCUAAAACAGGCAAUAAGCCGUUGAAAACAAGUACCAUAAACUUAUUGGAAGGAAAUAAUCCACUUUUGCAGCUACGUGCUCGAAUGGGCGCAUCAGGAAGUGGUUUUGCCAGUAAACAUUGUUCUGAUGCCCUCCCAGAUGAUUCAACACAGGACCAUGAAAAUGAAGCAAUUGAAAGUGCACACACCGCGCAGCCGUUCGUUCGACUCAAUCGAAUAGAAACUGUUACCAGUGGAUCAAUGGCGAAAAAACGCAAAAUCGACGAAACUUCAGAGAACGUUGAACCAAUAGAAGGUCAGACAGCGGAAAAUUAUACACCGCGACCGGUUCGAGAACGAAGAAAAACCCAAUUUCAUGGCACCAAUGUGGAUUCACAGAGUAUUACUUUGAGCGGCACGGACGAAGAGUAUACUGAUGAUAUGGGCGAACUAUAUCAUGACAUGUCAAGUCCAAGUGAAACCCCAAACUUGGGUAGUGGCGGCAAACAUUUGUCAAUGCAAGAGGCGAUUGACCAACUGAUGAAUAUCAACGAAAUACAAACAUUACCACAAUCAACAUCAAUUGACUCUCUGAUUGAUAUCGACAAGUUUUUGGAUGCAACGAUGCUCAUCGACGAAGAAAGUUCCACUGAACUUAAUAUUGAUGUACAACAGGCCCUGGAUGAAAGAGCAGAAAUCGGAAAGCUAACUGGACCACCAGAUGAAGUCAGACGUCGGUAUAAGCGUGUGUCAGACUCUAACUUGACUUCAAAAUUGCGGCAAAAACAGCUUGAAUUGGUGGAACAGCAACUUGAAGUUCAAAAAGUGUUGCAUGAGAAUGCAAUAAUCGCCAACGAAGAAGCUAAAGAACGCUUACAAAUGGUUAAGGCACAACGUGAAAUCGCUGAAAUCGACAAACA